AUGAGCGUUCUUAACGAAUACCCAGAAGCCAUUAGCAACAAGAAAGAUGUGCAGAUAUGGAACAAUGCAGCUUUCGACAAUGGCGACGGGUUGAAUUCCAGUAAUCUCAUCAAACCAUCGUCGUCUUGGUCGCCUUUGAAGAAAUCAAAUCAACCUUCUGAUUCUGUCGAUUCUUCCUUCUCCAGUAAAGAAAACCAAAGCCCAUCUGGGUUUUCGAAAUCUGCUGUUUCUGUUUCUGCAAGAUCCACUGUUCUUGUUCACCAAUCUAAACCCCUGAAGAAUCUUCCGAUCAAGAUUGUUGUUGAGAAUCUGGAGGAGAAGACUGAUGAGGAGAUCGAGAUUGAGAAUGAAAUCAGUAGGUUGUAUGCGAGAUUGGAAUCGCUCAGGCUCAAAAGAGCAGAUCAGAAUGCCAAGAAUCUUGAAAAACAGGGAAGAACAGUGGAUGCAGCAAAGAUCAUCAAGAACAGAGAUUCUGGUGUCAAAAAGAUUGAAGAAUCGGGUUUUUCGAGAACAAAGAUUCAAAGAAGGGGUUUUAGUUUGGGACCGAAUGAGAUCAUGUCUGCAACGAAUCCAAAAUCGAAACAAUUGGGUGCUACUCCAAUCCAAUCUACACAAAACAGAAGAAAAUCUUGCUUUUGGAAACUCGAAGACAUCGAAGAAGAAAAAAUGGGGGUUUCAAGAGGCAAGAAUCUGAGCCUUAGACAAGCUGUUACAACCGGGGGAGCGAAAAAAGGGAUGAAAAAAGAUGAUUCGGUCCUGUCGAGUAUUCAACCGAAGAAACUAUUUGGAGAGCAAUCGGUUCCUGCUAAGAAGCCGUUGAAGCCCGGUAGGGUGAUUGCAAGCCGUUAUAACCAGGCUACUGUGACUUCAUUGAUGCGGAAGAAAUCGCUGACCGACAAUAACGUCGACCGAAAGUCACGUGGGACGGAGGGUCGAGUGAAGAGGAGAUGGGAAAUUCCGAGUGAGAUUGUGAUCCCAAAAAGAUUGGAUCUUGAUAGCAAUGAGAACGAGAACGAGAGCGAGGGUUCGAUUGAUGUGGUGAUGCCUGACGUGUUGCCGAGGAUAAGAGCCGUUCGAUACGUGGACGAGACGGGUCGAGACUCGGGGCCCGCGAAGAGGGUUGCUGAGUUGGUUGGGAAGAAGUCUUACUUUGAUGAAGAGGAGGCAGUUUGCCAAAGAUUGAGCUUUGAAGAAGAAGAAGAAGAAGAAGAAUGAGUGUUGGUUUGUUGUUGGUUUUGGUUCAAUUUGGAAAGCUUGACUUUUGCUUUCUUGAAAUGGAAUAUUCAUAAU